AUGUUGUCCAAGAAUCACAGCCAUGUGACUAUGGCUCUUGAAGACUUUGAAAAGUUACUGGCCGAGGGCAAGAACGAGGAAGAGAAAAUCAAGUCUAGUCAUGGAUACGAGGGAAGUAGAAAACAUCACAGGCAUCAUAGGAAGCACCAUGGCGAUGGAGAAGAUCAUCGCAGGCACAAGAGGACGAAGCGUUCCACCAGCAGAGAUGACAACAACAGGGCGCAUGGCAAUCGCAAGAUAUCACUAGGAUUUAGGGGGGAGCGUACGAACCGUGGGGCCUCACAAGGCGAAGGUGAGACGGAGGACCCAGCUACUUGGGGGCCAGCGAAGAAUGACGGUCACAUCCCAACCUCAGAUUCCAUCGGUGAAACAAAGAGAGAUUCUUGGAUGGAACAACCCUCUGCCUCAGAUAUUGACUACACACAAAAGGGUGUCAGGGGGCCAUUUGAGCCAAUCACGUCAAGACCGUCAAAGGCCGACUUCGAGCUCAAAAUCCAUGAAAACGAGUUGAACAAGCAUCAUCUACAAUAUCUGGCUGAUGGCAGAGACAUCUCGGAAGAUUUUAUUGAGAAGCCCGCACAACACGAGGUCGACUACGUCUUUGGUGAUGCAGGAGCUCAUUGGCGGAUGAGCAAGCUGAACCGUGUCUACAAACAGGCAGAAGAAACUGGGAAACCCGUAGACGAGAUGGCGGAAAAACAAUAUGGAGAUUUAAGAACGUUUGACGAUGCUAGAGAAGAGCAGAUAGAGCUCGACAGGAGAGACACUUACGGUGAAGGCUAUGUGGGGAAGGAAAAGCCAAGUGGUGAGCUGUUUGAGGAGCGAAAGUUAGAUACAGGUCUGCGAAACAAGGGUUCCGGGCCGGAGCAUGAUGAGCCGGAUGUGCAAGAACUUUCUCGUGAGAUUGAUGCAGAGAAGCCACUUGCAACGACCGUGCCAUUGGACCAGACUGCGCUGAAUAGACUCAAGGCACAGAUGCUGAAAGCCAAAGUCCGAGGUUCAUCCAACGCUGCUAUAUUGGAAGCUGAGUACAACAAUUCUAUGGCUGCUUUCGCCAAGAGCAAACAACCUGACACAGUUAUCCUUGGGGCCAUGCAUAACAGGAUGUUGACUGGGUCGCGUGAAGGCGAGGUCAAUAGGAUCGACAACAAACGGGGUCGGGAGAGGGGCCUAGUAGAAGAGAAUGAAGACAUGAGCAUUGAAGAUAUGGUCCGGCAAGAGCGGCGAUUGCGCAACCAGGCUGGUGGAGAUGGACAACGUUUCGCAGAGAGGAUAGCUAAGGAUGCGAAAUUUGACAACGAUUUGGACUACAUGGACGAGAACGCCAACAAGCUUGCGAAGCGUGUACAACGGUCUGAGAUCAAUCUCAAGAAUACGGCAAUAUCGGAUUUUCAGAUGAUGAACCGCAUUUUGGACAAUUGCCCUCUCUGCCAUCACGAAGAUACAAAUACGCCUCCAGUUGCGCCAAUUGUAUCUCUAGCCACUAGAGUCUACCUCACUCUUCCUACGGAGCCCGAGAUCAGUGAAGGCGGAGCAUGCAUCAUACCGGUGCAACAUCGAGGCAAUCUCUUGGAGUGUGAUGACGAUGAAUGGGAAGAGAUCAGAAAUUUCAUGAAGAGUCUCACUCGAAUGUAUCAUGACCAUGGCAGAGAUGUCAUUUUCUACGAAAAUGCCGCAGUACCACAGCGAAAGAAGCAUGCUGGCAUGGAAGUCGUGCCACUACCGUACAGCCUUGGGGAGACCGCACCAGCGUUCUUCAAGGAGGCAAUUCUUACAUCUGACGAGGAGUGGACGCAACACAAGAAGAUCAUUGACACGCUUUUCAAGGCCAAGCAAGGUCAGGGUAAAACGGCUUUCCGACGGACGCUAGCCAAGGAGAUGCCGUACUUUCAUGUGUGGUUCGAAAUCGAUGGUGGAAUUGGUCACAUUGUGGAAGAUGCUAAUCGAUGGCCAAAAGGUGAUCUUUUUGCUAGGGAGAUCAUAGGUGGUAUGCUCGAUGUUGCUCCCGACAUUGUGAAGAGGCAAGGCCGGUGGAACAGAGGCGGAGAUAGGAGGGUCGAAGGAUUUAGGAAGAGAUGGGAGAAGUUUGACUGGACGAGGGUCUUAACAGUUUCAUGA